UCAACUAAACAACAAACCCAUACACAUAUACGUAAAAAGAACAGAGUGAGAGCGCGGAGCAAACACGAAACAUUCUGCAUAUACGAAAAUACACUAUAUAUAUUCUACCUUUUUCUGUGAUUAUUUUCAUAUAAAACGCGUUGUUUGUUUCCUCGCAACAAACAUUUUCGUUCUUUUUAGUUUGUUGUUUUUUCGAUUUGUAAAUCUCGUUCGUUCGUUUGUUUUUCUAUUUUUCCCGCAGUUAUUCGGUGUGAUCUAUUUUGUGAGUAUAGAAUACGGUGAAAAUUUUGUGCGUUUACCCAGUUUUAUAUUUGAAAAACAACAGAAAAUAAACUAUUGUUUUUGUUUGUUCAAUCGGUUUCGGUCGUACAAUCAAAGAUAGAAAAGUUUUCUCAUUAAAAACUGUAAUCCAAAAUAGAAUUUCGGUUUUUUCCUAUACCAAGACCGGAACACAAGAAAUUUAUUCAAAAGAAUGCAAAGCGAAUAAUGGUGCUGUAACAAAUAAAUUGCAAAAUAAAAAGAGAAUCGAAAAAAUUGCGGCUAGUAAGUGUUUUACGCUCGUGAAUUAAAUCAAAUGAAUAGUAGUACAAAAAAAUAGCGACGGAUGGAAAUAUUGACACUCAAUUGCUCAAAAUAAAAUUGUCGUGCAGCGAAUAAAUCUUUCACUCAUCGCUCCUUGCUCAAUCCAUCGAUCAAUUAAAAAACCGUCGAAAAACAUUUUUGUCCGUGGAAUUUAUGCGGUAAAUGCACACAGGCGAAUGUUUAUCAAAAGAAAAAAAUUGAGCUAAACAUUUUUUUAAAAUAAUAAAUCAAGGAUAUUUCUUGUCGCUUUCGAAGUGUUUAUUUUUUCGCUUUUCAUUGCACACAAAAAUCACACCAAAAUUGAAAUGAUUUUGUAAUGAAAAACAAAGGAUAUACAAUCAAAUGUUUCAUAGUUUCAGGAAUUGAAUAACAAUAAUUUAGUGCUUUAUGAAAAUAAAAAAACAAACAAACCAAAAAUUAAUCGACAACAACACAAUCAAAAUAACAUAUAAGUUUAAUUGUAAAACGAAAAAAGAAACAUCGUUUCGGUUAUAAUAAAAUCCAAAACAAAUGUCGCGCAUUUUAAAGUGAGUGAACACUGAAAAAAAAUAUUGUGGUUUAUUGUGAGAGAUAAGAAUAAAAUUCUGUUAAUGACAAAAGAACGAAAUUAAGCUGAUUGUUUGCUCAAUAGAAGAAGUUUUGACUUACAAAAACCAUAGCAGAAGCCACGGAAAAACCAUAACCAUUUUCUUGUAAUCACAAGAUUCCAGUCAUUUAAUUAGCGAAAACCGUACAAUGGCCACAACAAAUAAUAGACACCAAAAGUUGGAGCAGCAGCGCCAGUUAAUGGAAAAUUAUAUAAAACAAAAGCGUGCAACGCCUGGGAUGGUGCAAGCCAGUGAUUUACAAAUUCGACCGAUGUCAGGCACAACGCAAAUUCCCACAUCAGCCAAAUCGAAUAGCAGCGGAAUGCGAGUGAGCAGCCGCGAACUGCAUGCAUAUGAUGGACCAAUGCAAUUCAUGAUGUCGCCAAAUAAUCCCGAUCAAAUUUUGCCAACGUCUACACUAGCAUCGCCCAGCAGUGAAGAAACAUUGCCAUACGAUAUGGAAGAUGAAGAGAGCACACCCAUUGAGAUAAUUUCAACAAAAGGAAUGAUUUCACCGUCAAGUACAUCAAAUAAUCAGGCAAUCGGAGAUUAUCCAUUGUCGGGUGGCAGCAGUGCUGGCAUUGUAAGCAGCAACAGUGGCGGUCCCAUCGAUCCGGAUGCCAUAAAUUCUCGAAAUAAUUCAGCGCCCGUCACACCAGCCGCUAACAAAGAUAAACAAAAUUCACAAGGAUCAAACGAAUUGGAAGGCGAUGUUAGUGGACAAAUUGAACAAUGGGUUUUACAACCAGCUGCUCAAGGAUGCUUAUACAAGUGCCGAAUAACACGAGAUCGAAAAGGCAUGGAUCGUGGCCUGUUUCCGUUGUAUUAUCUGCACUUGGAACGUGAAUAUGGCAAAAAAGUCUUUCUUUUGGCUGGUCGCAAACGAAAGAAGAGCAAAACAUCAAACUACAUUAUAAGUUGUGACCCGACCGAUUUAUCGCGACAAGCUGAUGGUUUUGUCGGUAAACUGCGCUCUAAUGUAUUUGGUACGACGUUUUUCGUGUAUGACAACGGCAGUAAAACGAACCAGGAUGAACUACGCCAGGACAUGGCCGUGAUAGUUUACGAUACCAAUAUUUUGGGUUUCAAAGGUCCACGCAAUAUGACAGUUCUUUUGCCUGGCAUGACUGAAGACGAUCAACGUGUCAAAAUAAGUUCAUGUGAUUCAACACAACAGGGAUUGUUAGAUAGCUGGAAAACAAAGAAUAUGGACAAUGUUGUGGAAUUGCAUAAUAAAACGCCCGUUUGGAAUGAUGAUACACAAUCGUAUGUUUUAAAUUUCCAUGGUCGGGUUACGCAGGCAUCGGUGAAAAACUUUCAACUGGUUCAUGAUUCAGAUCCCGAAUAUAUUGUAAUGCAAUUUGGUCGAACGUCAGAAGAUGUAUUUACAAUGGAUUUUCGAUACCCUUUGUGUGCCUUGCAAGCAUUUGCAAUUGCUUUGAGUAGUUUUGACGGAAAGCUCGCAUGCGAAUGAGACAUAGAGAACAGCUAGAUUGAGAGAUAGAGUAAGCGAGAGAAAACAAAACAGAGAGAGAUAUAUUCAUAUACAAAUAAACUCACACAACAGCAUCGGAUAUUUAUACAAACGAAAUGACAUGGAGACAUACAUUGAAUGUUCAAAUUCAAUACAAAAUUGGAUUGAAACAUCAGAGAGCAUAACAAUUAUUUAAAAUAAAAAGACACAUUUAUCUCUAUCUCAAUGCAGAAGAAUGUCUAUCUAAGCAUUAGCUAUAUAUUGUAAUUUGUAAUGACAUUAGUUUUUUUUACAGCUAAUUUAUUGCAAACCAAAUCAAGACAACAAAAACGAAUUAGACAUUUAGUGUUUAUAAAUAUAUAUAUAUUGGGACAAAGUUCUGGAAACUUGUGUAGUUCAAUAUUAAAACUAUUUUUGCCAACAAUUUGAGUUUGUUUAAAAAAUCAAAUGAACAACAACAUGAUUUUCAACUCAAAUAGAAGUUUGGCAUAGAAUUUAUGUGUGUUUUAGUGAAAGUAUUUAAAUAACAAAGAAAAAUAACUAACAACAACAUACUUUUCUCAGUGAAAGGUAAAUCAAACAAAACCAACAAGACAAGAAAAAAUCAACAAUUACAAUAAAUUUAAUUGCCUUUUGUCAUUCAAUGCAUCUUAACUAUAUACAUUCUCACUCGUUUCUCAUCUAUCUCAAAUGCAUUUAUUUUUUUGUUUCUGUUUUCAUACUGCACUAUUGCUCCCAAUUUCUUAUCGUGGAUACAUUUAUCGUUUUUGUUUUAUUUUAUAUGCAGGUUCAAGUAUUUAAAUAACAAACUCAAAUGAAUACAACUGAAUAUUUAUUGGUAAUUGUUUAAAAUUGAUGUUUAAAAUAUGAAAGGUUAAUACACAUUUGACGGAAUUUAUUUAAUAAAAUGAUGCACAUCAUUUAUUUGAUAAACACUCAGGCAGAAAUUUAAGAGCUAUUUGGCUAUUUGCUAUAUUAUAUAAUUAUAUUUACAAAAUUGUAGUGGCCAUAUAUUACACACACCCAUAUCUAUACAUGUAUACUUGUGCUCUGUCGAAAAACAUAUAACAACAAUAGAAAAAAAAAAUAGCAUCCAAACACAAAAAUAUACACAUAUAUUCGAAAUGUUCAUUGAAUUAUUUUACAAGCAAUCAAGACAUACAUAUAUACAAUUGAAAAUUGACGAUAAUUGCCAAUUAUGAUUCCUUCCUCCAGGAGAUACACAUUUCUUCUGUAUGUUCUGAUUUCAGUCAACUGUUUGAAUGCAUCCAACUUGUCAUAUGUGUCAUUAUUCUAAAAUAAUAAUUAAAAAAAAAAAACAACUACAACACAUUGUUGUUGAAAGAUAAUGUAAUGAGAAUUUUAUCUCGAUAUGUGCUACAUACAAAUAUUUGCUCAACUUACAAAAUUGAUGAAGAAAAAAACAUGAAAUUGUUGAUAAUAUACGUUUUUUUGUAACGAAAAACAUGAAAAAAAAUGAUUAAUGUAUGGCAUAAUACAUUGCCGAAAAUCGGAUUUACACCAUUUGAAUUUUAACUCGUUUUUAAUUAUUUUCAUCUAAAAUUAAUCACACAUUAAAACGAACGAAAAAUAACAACAACAUAAAUUGUAUUCGUGUCAAUGGGAGCUUCUGUGUUUUACCAAACAUGCAUUUUAACAUUUUGCAAAUGAGAUAUUCUUAAAACGGACUUACACCGUGCACAGAAAACAGCUCGGUAGACUCUUCCUUUUUAAAAUUCGAAAAUCAAGUGCUAAUUGAAUUGAUAUCGCUUUUUGUCGUGUUAAUCGAAUUGGAUUUGACAAUUUUCCUCAGAAUAAAUUUAAAUUUGUCUCGAUUUUGUAACAGGAAGAGAAAAAAAAACAAACAUUUAUAAAUAUAAUGCUACACACAAAGCAAAGGAAUAGGUUUUCUAAAGUGUCUUAUUUUGACGAAUCUUGAAUAAGUCAAAUAAACCAUAUUUUCAUCUCUUCUUCUUUGCUGUAGAUCCCUUCAAAGCAACUCCCACAUUCUAUUUUUCUUUUAUCAACUUUUUUGGAACAAUUUUUUUAAUUCCAAUCUCUUUAAUUUAUUGUAUAGAUAAGUGUGAGUUUAUGCACCGUGUGCUACUCUAGAUAACAAAAACCGACGAAAUGAAAAUGAAAGAAUCUAUUUAUUUUUAAUUCAAAUUUCAGAUGCUUUCAUCUGUACGGUAAUUUGUUUGUUUGUUUUUUAGCAUUUAGCAAAAGAAGAAUGUAUAGAAUUAAAAAAAGAAAACAAAAAAAAAUAUAUAAGAGAACCAAUAAGUUUUAUUUAAUGAAAAUUAGGGCGCUUAUACAAUUUGGCCACAUAUUUUAUCUUUCGAUUAAAAAACUUUUACCCCUAUUUCAUCUAUAAAUUUAAAAAAACAAUGAAACAGAUUAAAUUAUUUUCCAUUAGAAUUUCGUAAAUAUAUUUUAUGCACAAGAACUUAUUGUUCGUAAUUGAGAUAAUAAAUGUAUUAAUAAUAUUGAUAAAAAUAAUAAUAAGAUCAACAGGAACAUCAAACUGACUGAGAAAUUAUAGAAAAAAGACAACAACAUUCACUCAAGAUAUACUUAAUGCUAUACACAUUUCUUUUCAGUUUGUGAAUUGAACAUUAUUAAUAUUGCUCGUAAUUCUCAGUUCAUUUAAAUUUAAUUUCAAACGUAUUUUUGAGUGUUUUCGUUUUCGUUUUGAGUUUAUCUUUAUUUGUCUCUCACUCUAUCUCUCUCGAAAACAAACAUACACUUUACGGAAUACAAUGUAGUAGACGAAUGUAAGAACAUUGAACAAAAAUUGGAUAAAAUCUAGUCAUUCAAUUUGGAUUGAAUAUUCGAA